AUGGUUGACGACGUGAUCCGCGCCGUCGCAGAGUACCUCGGGCGAUCGGGGCCGUGGCACCAGCGCUUCAUGGAGCUCCAGGAGGUGUUCACGUCCACCAACCUCGAGGUCCAAGGCAUACACGACGUGCGGUGGCUGUCCAGAGGAGCUGCAGUCAUCCGCUUCGUCCAAGUCCUACCUGCCAUCAUGGUCAUGUUGUCGGAGUGGAAGGACCAGACCAUGUACGAACUCGUCACGUCGUACAGGUUCCAGUUCCUCAUCAGGUUCCUCGCGGAUAUGCUGGAGCAGCUCAACGUCAUCUCCUCAGUUUUCCAGAAGCGAGAGAUUGUCACUCCUGCACCUGACUUAGUUGCUGAUUCCCACGCGGUCAUAACUCGGUGCGACGAAAUAACUUGUGCGUCAUUGACUUCCUUCGAGAGCCAUGGCUGCUCAAAACUCCUCCGACUUCCUUCAAGGGGCCCUCGCCCUGGCCUGCACGCUCCCCCCUCCCUGCACGCAACCACCAAGCCGCUCGCGCUCCGCGCCACCUCCCCCUCCCCGCUCCGCGACCUCCAGCAAAUCACCGAGCGCCACGUGGCACUCGCGCGCCAGUUCGCGCUGGGAUUCGCGCAGGAGGUGGCGGAAGCCGCACUCGACCAUCUUGCUGACGUGUACUACGCGCUGAUGCUGGUGGGAGAGCGGCUCCGCCUCCCCCUGCUUGGUUCCCCCUCCUCCUCCCCUUCCGCGGAACCCCUUCACCUGCUCAUGAAGCAGUCAAACGCCCCGUUCGCUGCCGUGAUUCCCGGCGAUACUGUAGCGGAGCUGGUCGUGACACAGGGAAUCUACAGCUUCCUUAACCUGUACAACACUGUGCUUAUAGUGAGGAUUCUCCUCACCUGGUUCCCCAACGCUCCUUCCGCCAUCGUCAGCCCCCUCAGCACCAUCUGCGACCCCUACCUCAACAUUUUCCGAGGGUUAAUUCCCCCAAUUGGGGGCACCCUCGAUCUAUCCCCGAUUCUGGCCUUCGUGGUGCUCAGCGCGUUCACCAACGCGUCCGUCGCCCUGCCCGCGGAAAUGCCCGAGGGUGAGGCUCCUGGGGGGGAAGUGUCAGGGGGAAGGGGCGGAAUGCUGGGCGGCAGGCGCAGGCGUCCUGUAAGGCUCACGCGGGAGCAGAGGGAGAAGAUGCGCGCAGCUUCAAGAGCAGCUGAGCAGGGCCAGGAGGCUUAG